GUAGAAGGACAAUAAGAAAAAUCCUGGUCUUCUGUUCUGGCACUUUCUAUUGCAUCAAUAUUUUAUGCUUAAAGUUUCAACCUUUAUUAUUUUUUUAGAAAAAAAAUUUCUCCUUUUUGAAUCCUGGGGUACAUUGUUUCUCCUCUAAGUCAGCUUUCCUCUGCCAUCACAGUCUCCCUCUUCUUCUUGUGUGUAUAUAUAAAAUCACUCUCAUUAUUAUUGUCAAGUGAGCAGAAAAGAGUAGCUAACUCUCAAACUUGUCUCAUCAACACAUAGAAACAUGGGGAGAGCUCCUUGCUGUGACAAAGCUAACGUGAAGAAAGGUCCAUGGUCGCCGGAGGAAGAUGCCAAACUCAAGGCUUAUAUAGAGGAAAACGGCACCGGUGGCAACUGGAUUGCCUUGCCUCAGAAGAUAGGGCUUAAGAGAUGUGGCAAGAGUUGUAGGCUCAGAUGGUUGAAUUAUCUUCGACCCAACAUUAAGCAUGGAGCGUUCUCUGAGGAAGAAGAUAACAUAAUCUGCAGCCUUUACAUAAACAUUGGUAGCAGAUGGUCUAUAAUUGCAGCACAAUUGCCUGGAAGAACUGACAAUGACAUCAAGAACUACUGGAACACGAGGCUUAAAAAGAAACUCCUGGGCAAGCAGCGAAAAGAGCAACAAGCUCGGAGAGCUAGCUGGCUCACCGUUAAGCAAGAAAUGAAGAGAGAAGGUGGGGAUUAUAUGCUUCCUGGAAUGGUGAGCCAACUCCCAUACUGGCCACAGCAACCACCAGUCAUACCUUUUACAACCACCACAAAUCAAGAUCCUCCUCUUCCUAAUGACCAAGAAUCCAUCAAGAAUUUGCUUAUCAAACUAGGAGGAAGAUUCUCAGAUGAUCAUCACCCACAAUCAAGCACAAGCACUCCAAUCCCCAAUUCCAUGAAUUCUUCUCGGUACCCUCUUGAUGUUUCUUUCGCUCAAGAUCAACUAUAUGAGAAUUCCAUGAACAACACGGUUUCACCUGCAUCUUCCAUUAGUCCAAUAAACAGCACUUGUUCUCAAGUGACAAAUGGUACCCACUUUAACACCAACGAAGUCGCUGUUCCUAAUGAUAUGUUCCAAGGGCUUGAUGGUUUCACAGAUGAGCUACGUGAGCUGACCUACAGCAACAAUCAACAAAUAAUGAAUUGGUUGGAGGGGUUUUAUGGAACGGACAACAUGGUCGAUGGCAGCAGUACUACUGGGAGUAGCUCCGUUGAAAGUAGCAGCUGGGGACCCAUAUAUUCUCUAGGCUUUCCUCAGCUAGUCACUGGAUUUGAACCUUGCCAACAAAACAUGCCACAAGCUUCUACCUAUGGUGAACAGUACUGUACAUGGGCGGUGUAAAUUAGUACCGAUUAGGGAAAAUUAAUUUGAUGUCAGAAACUCUUUCUUAAUAAACAUAUGCAGAGAUUAUUGUUUUGUUUUA